CCCCGCCUCUUUCUCUUUCUCUCUCUAGGGUUUAGCAGAAGCAAUCACUAUUUCUCGAAACCAAAAAUGGCUUCCAAAACCCUAGUCCGAACCGGGGGUUCGCUUCUGAACCGGUUCUUGUCCAACUCGUUUCUUCACCAGAACCCGAAUCCGAAUCACCAAAUCGUGUCUCACGGCCUCGAUAUCACUCCGAAGCUAUUCCCGUCGCUCUCCAAGUUUCAGACCUCCCUCCUUUUUCCGCAGCAAAACAACGCCGAAUCGCUGAGAAAAGUAGACGUUGAAGGGUUCAUUUACCCCUGUGGCCUCCCUUCUCUCAGGUUCUUCUUACCGGACGGAGAUGUUUCUUCUUCAAACGAGCCAAUGCUUUUAUUUCCCAAACGGACUUUCCAACCUAGCACCAUCCGGCGAAAGAGGAACCAUGGAUUCUUUGCUCGCAAGGCAACCAAAGGUGGGAGGAGAGUCAUUGCUCGAAGAAUUGCAAAGGGCCGGGCAAGAAUUACGGCUUAGCAUCUUUGCCUCUGGCCUUGACUGAAAUCUAGCCUAAAGCUUUCCUUAUUUCACGGGAGGACUGCAAAUUAGGAAGAAUCUUUGCCUUUUGGCUUUGACUCAAAUCAAGUCUAAAGCUUUCCUUAUUUCAUGGUAGGACUGCAAAAUGGGAAGAAUCUUUAUUCUGGAAGGCCUUUGAAUACGAUUUGGAUGACCACUUUUCUUUUAUAGAACUUUGAUAUGUAAAAUUCCAGAAUCGUUUAUUCUAUAGAUAUGCUUCCCCAUUUUUCUUUC